AUGGCGCGCAACCGGCAAGACUUCACCGAAAUUCUCUACCUUAACUUGACUGGCUCGAACAUUGCCGCAUUCAGCUACUCCGAAAACUCAUACGCCACACAAUUUCUCUACAAACCACCGCGAAAUGUCUGCGACGAUUCAUGGCAGACGUUCAAGAACGCCCGCCGCUCUACCACAACAAAUACAACAACAUUGACAGCCGGCUCGUUGUCCCCCCUCAGCACAAAAUAUAAAGGCCCGCUCUUAAUGACAAAUUUUGCGACUUUCGGCCCCGACUCAUUCAUUGACACCUUCCCAGCAGCCUAUGCCGCCAUGGAGGCAGAAAGCAAAGCUACCGGUGCUGUAACGAUGGACUCCUCAGAUAUCUGGAUCGCCAACCCGCCUCUGUCAAAUCUCAUUCUUGACAAGUCAGAAGGCCCAUUCUAUGAUCUGUGCAUCUCCUUCGACAUCUUGGGCGAUGAGGAAUGGAGCCCUGCCGGCUCGAGUAUCUCCGCACGGCUGCAGUGGUUUACCAACAACGCCGACCGAUUCCCGUCUGUUUUCACAGCAGCGGCGUAUCUAUGCAAUGCACAGCUGCUCAGUGAUGUGUACCAGAACCUCGGGAAGGAUUUGGAGAUUCCAUCCAUCUCGUUGCUGGGAAUUGUACUCGUCUCUAUCCUUAUCGGCAUCUAUUUGAUUCCGCUACUGAUAUUGGGCCUUUACACGGGGAACCCUGUGCGGUGGACGGGGCAUCUUGAUUCAUUUGUUAUGUUGCGGUUUAGAGCUCCUGCAGGGGUUAAGGUCUUUCCAAUAUGGACGAUGUGUUGA